AUGCCCGCCAGGCGACUGGUUGCCAGCGAGGCUGUUGGCCAGGAGGACUCGACGGAUAUGAGCACCCAGAGCUUGGAGCUUCUACAACACCUUUCAUUGCCUCCAGGUGGCUUCGACGGCCUCGCGCCGGCCUGCGUGCGGCUCCUGCGCCCCCGCGGCCCGGACGUGCCGGAGGCCAGCAGGAGCAGCGACCUCGAGGUGCUGGUCCUUGGCCUGGGCGCGGGGGGCACCCUCCUGGCCUACGAGUUUGCGCCCGCGUCGCCCGCGCCUGUAGGCGGGCUGCUCCAGUGCGUGAGGGUGUGGCCCUCCGCCCUGGAGGGCCUGGAGCCGCUGCCCGUGCGGCUGGAGGUGAACGCCACCAAGCACGACAGCCUGGCGCUGGCGUUCCAGUGCAAUGUGGGCGAGAGCCAGGGCAUGGUGCUGGUCAUGCCCCUGGCCCGCGGCUGGGCAGGCUCUUCGCGACAAGCCGGCAGCUCCAGGCUGCUCCCGCUGCCCUACGUGCAGCGCCUCUCCGUCGACGACGCGGUGCACCAGCUCACCUUCAUGACCGGGCUGAGCUACCAGCUCAAGGAGGAGACGCUGCUGCUCUACCGCGUGAACAACUUCACCCGGGAGAAGGACGGCCUCCCCGGCGUCAACAUCAACCUCAACGAGGUGGCCCGGCCGGGCGUGGUCGCCCCCGCGGAGCCGGCGCGCUGCGUCGACGAGGAGCCCGCCGUCGAGCUGCCAGGUGCUCCGCCCGACGCGCCCGUGGCGGCCGCCGAGGAGGGCUCAAAGACCGCAGGGGUCUCUCCCCUCGUCCGCGCCGCCGUUUGCUUCGGCCUUCUUGUGGCCCACGUGUGCGUCAACAUGCUCCGGCAGAGGAAGAUGGGCAAUGAACCAGAUUGGGCCGCGACGAUCCUUCUCGGUGCAGGCUCGCUGGUGGUGUUCAAUUUUGCCACGGAGGCCGGUGAAUUGCCGACAAUGGGCCUGGCGGAGGGGGACGCGGCCGAGCUGAAGAAGGCUAAGGAGAUCAUGAAAAGGGAGGGCCAGGAGGACCAGGUGACGGACAGCACCGCAAAGUUGGAGGGGAAGCUGGACAGCAUUCGGUCAGACAAGUGCUGGGGCAUCACCGUGGCUCUCUUGAACAACGUGAAAUCCACGGAGGACGGCGUUGAUUACCAGAAGAACGUCUACAAUGCCGUCUCCAAUAUGCUUUCUCAGGACACGGUCCCAGAAAGGUACUGUGAGCUCAUCGAGAAGCUCCUGAGCGUGUCUACUUCGGGCCCGGAGGAGGUGCUCACGGGCCUCCCUGAGCUCUCCAAUGCGGUCAGGGGCGGCGAGUUCGCCGCGGCUGAGGAGACCGCGCAGGCCAGGCAGGAGAAGAAUGAGAGGCCCGAGGAGCUCAGUGUAGAUUUCUUUGCCGGCAAGGGCGAACUCGCGUGGCCCGAGGAGCCGGCGGCCGUUGCGGAGGCCGCUGCGCCUUGCGAAGAGGACAGAAUCAAGUCCCAAGUGCUCUUGGGCAUCGGUCUCGACAAGGACGCCGGGAUCUGCCGCUUCUUCUGGAUCGGCUCUGAGGGCCUUGGCGCGCGGGCUUCCAGCCGCGAGGCGAAUCUACACGAAGAGGAUGUCAAGCUCGCGAGUGGCAAGGGCGAGCUGGGCGGCGCGGCCAUCCGGCUCCGCGACGACCAGCAGCUGGUUGAAGCGGAGAUCCGCGAGGCCCUGAACCAGCUGACGAGCUGCCUCGAGAUAUCCCGCGGGCGCCUGGGCAAGAUGUUCGGCGUCGGCGCCCACGGGCUCAAGGGCCCGCGGCGCCGCCCCGAAACUGGCGCGGAGCAGCGCGACAGGGGCGUCUCGGCGGCCGUUGCUGGUCGCGCGAAGGAGCGCAAGCCUUCGGGGCCGAUCGCGCAGGAGCUAGCGAAAAGGACCGAGGGCGUCGAUGCGCUGCUGACGUCGCCCGCUCUUGGGGCCUUCCUCGGGUGCCGUGCCCUGGUCGACGACGCGGGAGGGCCGCCCCUUUCGGGGCGCGGGCCCCCUUCGGGGCGCGGGCGGGCGAAGACAUCGGCGGGCAAGCUGCUCGCCGAGUAG